AUGGGUAGCAAUAGCUCACAGCGGGAUUUCCGCACAUUCUUAAGCACAUUCCGCUCGCCGGAUGCCAAAUCAACUCGAGAUCUAGGGGCAACACCAGGCCUAGAUGCCAGCGCAGCCGGAAUGGAGUACCACCCAAGUUCACUUCGUCCAAUCUAUACAGGGCCGGAUAAUCAAUCCCAGAUACCCGAAGAUGAACUUGGUAUUGCUGACGACGAUAUACCCCUUGAUGCUUUCGAUAAAGAGCUACUUUCACAAUUAGGACAGGUGCCACAUGAACUGGAGACGCCGAUGUAUGAAACCAACCAGGUGCCUCGCCCUGGUCCAUUUUCAACGCCAUUACACCGGGGGCGCUCUUCCAUUCUCAGUAGCACAAAUACCCUUAUCACUCCUCCAUUUCACCCGCUAGCAUCAAGUUCCUCUGGAUUAGAACUACCCUCGAGCCCAUCCCUGGGUAUUAAAAAGAAUCACCAGGGGAAAUCACAUAGAGAAGAACUUGAUGUUUACAAAAGUCCACAUUGGCCAUCUACAGGGGCUCUUGCUUCUCCGGACACGUUCUCCCCUUUCCGGCGACCAGCCGUAGUCAAAUCCCCCGAUUCCUCGGAGCUGCAACUCAAACAUGCGCCACCAAUAGUACAAGGCAUCAGACUUGUAUCCACUCAUGUACUUCCCGACCGGUUUCGCUCCAUCUUUCCUUUUCCUGUCUUCAAUGCGAUCCAGUCCAAGACCUUUCCAAUGAUAUACCAUAGGACCGAUAAUGUUAUUCUCUCAGCUCCCACAGGCAGUGGGAAAACAGUCGUCAUGGAGCUGGCCAUUUGUAAACUUGCUGCUGACCUCAAGGACACUCAGUUCAAAGUUAUUUACUUAGCGCCCACGAAGUCCUUAUGUUCUGAGCGGUUCCGUGACUGGCGUGCUAAAUUUGGUCCUCUGGACCUACAAUGUGCUGAACUCACUGGAGAUACUGACCAAUUUCAAAUUAGGAGUGUCCAGCAGGCUAGUAUCAUCAUCACGACUCCGGAAAAAUGGGACAUCCUGAUCGAUGAGGUUCAUAUUUUAAAAGAAGCGCGAGGGGCUACUUUAGAAGCUGUGGUAUCUCGUAUGAAAUCAGUGAACUCCAAUGUUCGGUUCAUCGCGUUAAGCGCAACAGUUCCAAAUUCGGAAGAUAUUGCAACUUGGCUGGGUAAAGACCCCACAAACCAGCAUCUCCCAGCUCAUAGAGAGCGGUUUGGGGAGGAAUUCCGCCCUGUUAGAUUGCAAAAAUUUGUCUAUGGUUACCAAUCAAAUGGAAAUGAUUUUGCGUUUGAUCGGGUUUGCGAGACUAAACUCCCGGAAGUUCUCGCCAAACAUUCGUCCAAGAAGCCUAUUAUGAUCUUCUGUUGUACACGAAACUCGGCCAUCACGACUUCAAAAAAUUUGGCUAAACUGUGGUCAUCAACUAAUCCACUUCAGAGGCUAUGGAACAGCCCUACGAAACCAAUACAAGUCCAGAAUGCUGAUUUGCGAGGCAUUACUUUUACCGGAGUUGCAUUUCAUCAUGCUGGCCUUGAUAGCACUGAUAGGCAUGCAAUUGAAACGGGCUUUCUGAGAGGGCAAAUAAAUGUGAUUUGCUGCACAUCUACCCUCGCUGUUGGUGUGAAUCUACCAUGCCACUUGGUUGUUAUAAAGAACACCGUAUCAUGGCAAGACGGCGGUUGCAAGGAGUAUGCAGAUCUGGAGAUGAUGCAGAUGUUGGGCAGGGCAGGGCGACCUCAAUUUGACGACAGUGCAGUGGGAGUUAUUCUAACUCGAAAAGCGAGGGUAGAGUAUUACGAAAAGCUAGUAGCUGGAUCUGAACCUCUGGAGAGCUGCUUACAUUUAAAUCUAACGGAUCACCUCAAUGCCGAAAUAGGUCUCGGGACUAUUACCGAUAUCCAAUCAGCAGUUAGGUGGCUUUUAGGAACAUUCUUUUUCGUUCGACUGCAGCGAAAUCCUACCCACUACAAGCUAAAGGAGGGAAGCAAUAGAUCCGAUGAGGAGGAGCUACUACACAGGAUAUGCGAAAAGAACCUAGAGCUUCUCCAGGAAAAUGACCUUGUAACAACUGGGACGCCACUAAAAUCUACCAAACUUGGAGACGCAAUGGCUCGAUACUAUGUGAAAUUCAAGACUAUGAAACUUUUCUUGUCCCUUCCCCCCAAAGCAAAAAUGUCCGAAAUACUUUCUGUCAUCGCCCAAGCCGACGAGUUUCGAGAUAUACGUUUGAAACCCGGCGAAAAGUCUCUGUAUAAAGAAAUUAACAAGGGAGCUGGGAUAAAAUUUCCCAUAAAAACAGAUAUCAAUCUCUCGGCUCACAAAAUAACACUUCUCAUCCAGUCCGAGCUGGCUCGCGAGGACGCGGUGAGCGCAAGACAUGCUCUCGAACUAUCCCGCAGCUUGGGCGCAAAAGCUUGGGACGACUCAGUGUUACAGCUCAAACAGAUUGAUCAAAUUGGAAUUGUGGCGGUCCGGAAACUGGCAAAUGCUGGUAUCACAAAUAUCGAGGCGCUGGAGGCUGCAGAACCUAUGCGGAUAGAAACUUUGCUAUCGAGGAAUCCCCCCUUUGGGAUGAAAUUAGUUGCUCGAGUUGCUGAAUUCCCAAAGCCAAGGGUUUCCCUGAAAGAAGUUGGAAAAGACAUCAAUCCUGGGAAAACCCCACGGGUCAAGUUCAGAGCAGAUGUUGGCUUUCUCAACGAAAAAUGCCCUGUUUAUUUCCAGAAACGACAGGUUUACGUAUGCUUCCUUGCAGAAGUCUCGGAUGGCCGCAUUGUAGAUUUUCGACGCAUCCAGUGGGUUAUCCCAGUCUCCCUUUAUCCGAACUUCAAAACUAACCAAUGCGACUAA